CACUUACUUAAUUAUAACUUUGUGUGUGUGUGUGUGUGUGUUUUAUUCCUGGAGAGAAGAGAGUGAGAGAUGGUGAGAACACCUAGCUACGACCAAAAUGGAAAGAAGAAGGGGACUUGGACUCCUGAAGAAGACAGGAAGUUAGUAGCAUAUGUUACUAAAUAUGGCUGCUGGAACUGGCGCCAACUUCCUAAGUAUGCUGGUCUAGCAAGGUGUGGAAAGAGCUGCAGACUUCGAUGGAUGAAUUAUUUAAGGCCUAAUAUUAAAAGAGGGAAUUACACAAAAGAAGAAGACGACAUCAUCUUGAAGCUGCAUGCUCAACUUGGAAAUAGGUGGUCGACAAUUGCUGCACAAUUGCCUGGAAGGUCAGACAAUGAGAUAAAAAAUCAUUGGCACACCUCUCUUAAGAAGCGCGCUAAUUAUUAUGCGUCAAAUUCAAGUGAUGGUGAAAGUAAGAGUAUCAAUCAGGCCAGCGGUACAAGAAGAAAGAGUGUGGAAAAUCAAAAUGCAAUAAGUCCUAAUAAUUGUAUGAGAUCCUACGAAAUUGUACUGGAAAGUUCCCAGUGGUCACCCAAGCAGUCAUCAAGUGAAGAACAUCAAGCUUUUCAAGAAGAAGCAAUAUUAAUGGAAAAUAGUGGAAGCUUUUGGACAGAACCAUUUCUAGUGGAUACUAGUUUCAGCAGUAGAACUGAUUACGUAGUUCCUUCAAUUGAUUGGGAACUUGUCUGUCCGCCUUCUCCUUUUAUAGGUCAUGAAUUUCUUUCCUCGUUUGACUUAGAAGAUUACAAUUGUCAAAAACUAGAAACGGAACAUCCAAAGAAGUAGUUUUUUGCCUCAUCAUAUUGAUUACUCAUAUAUAUCAAUUAUCUGA